CAAAUGAAUUUGGACACCAAAAUUAGGCCCAAAUUUGACUUCCCUAAAAGGCCCAUUCUUUCCCUGUCCUUAUAUAUAGUCAUCAGCAAACACCAGAAAUGAAGGUAGCAAAAAUCUUUGCGAGAAUUAGCUAUGGCAAUGUUAAAGAGAACAAGAAUGGUGAAGUCUAUGGUUCAAAGCCUUAGAUCUUAUGCUUCUAUAUCUGUAGGGACUGAUCUCACUGUAGCUGCGCCAAAUGUUUCUCUACAGAAGGCUCGAUCUUGGGAUGAAGGUGUUUCCUCCAAAUUCUCUACUACCCCUCUCAAAGAUAUCUUCAAGGGUAAAAAAGUAGUAAUCUUUGGCCUUCCUGGUGCUUACACUGGAGUUUGUUCAAUGCAACAUGUACCUAGCUACAAGAAUAACAUUGAUAAGUUCAAGGCCAAAGGAAUCGACUCUGUGAUCUGUGUUGCUGUGAAUGAUCCAUUUGUUAUGAAUGGUUGGGCAGAAAAGCUACAAGCCAAGGAAGCUAUUGAGUUUUAUGGUGAUUUUGAUGGAAGCUUCCACAAGAGUUUGGACUUAACAGUUGAUCUCUCUGCUGCUUUGCUUGGACCUCGAUCUCAUAGGUGGUCGGCUUACGUCGUGGAUGGGAAUGUUAAGGUUCUGAAUGUUGAAGAAGCUCCGUCAGACUUCAAGGUUUCUGGGGGAGAUGUGAUCCUCGGACAGAUCUAGAUUUGCUUCUAAUUAAUCACGUUUUUGCCCAUUGUCGAAUAAGUUCUGCAUACUUUCAUUUCAUGUUGUAAUUUCGGUUAAUAAAUAUUAAAUAGAUUACAUAUAUUCGACUAGCCUGAGCUACUUAGUCACUUUCCCCGUUUGGUAAAUUCUUAAACCAUGAAAAUAUACAGUAUUUAUUUA